CUCUGAGGAUUGAAUUGACGAGUCUGCAGAGAUGAGCGGAGCUUUUAUUGUAUUGCUGCUGAUAUACGGCACGCUAUGGACCCCGGGAACAGGUUACUUGAUGCAGAAAAUUUCCCUGUGCUCGUACAGUGAUAACAAGCAAGGAAAUAUUACGUUUGCUACUGGGUUCACCUUGAACCGCCAAUUAUUGCUGAGUUAUAGCAAACCUGAUGAAAUGUAUAUAACAUGUCCAUCGGGUUGUAUCCGGGAGAUGGGGAUUGUUGCCGCGAGCUUUGCCACCCUUCUCAACACCAAUCCAAACACAGCAACCCAGGUUAAGAAAGAGGAAGAACGGUGCAAGGAUGGAGUUAAGAAAUUCUGGGACAAGACAGUGGAGAGGAGAGUUAAACCAUCUGUGGAGGUCUUUUUACCAGUUCAGUUACAUCCUGACAGUCUCCCGGUGCUGGUCUGCCAGGUGUGGGGAUUUUACCCCCAAGACAUCAGCGUAGCUUGGUUUAAAAAUGACAAGUUGGUCAAGAACUACACAGAGGCUGUGAGGACCGGAGACUGGACCUACCGCAUUUUGGCGACCCUGGAUUUGAGGAAUUUCCUCCCUAAAGACAACUACACCUGUUUGGUCAAUCACCCAACUCUGGACACACCCAUAGUGAAGACCUGGAAGCACGGCUUGACCAACAUCCAGAUCAUUAAGAUCAGUGUCGCGUCGGUGGUCUUCGCGCUGGGACUCGUCUGCCUCAUUACAGGAAUCGUUUGUUGGAAGAAUGCCAAGAGAAGCGGUUAUUCUCCCAUUCCAGGAUAUAAUGAUGAGAACUGA